AUGGUGAUGUAUAAUUAUAAAGAGAGAGGUCCUCCAAUAUUUUCAUUAAAAACGUUAGUUCUUUUAUUUUUUAUAGUAAAUAUAACAAAUUCUCAAUCUUCUGAAGUAUCAUAUGUAACGCAUGAAGAAAAUAUAUCGGGUUUAAAGAUCGUUCAAGCUGAUUCAUAUAUUACAAAUGGUGCUAUCUGUUUUCGUUUAGCUAAAAAAAGUCUAUAUUUCGAAGAAUGUAAUGAUGAAAUAGUUUACUUAAGAUUAUUAAAACUUGAUGGUAGCGUAGAAACCUUGGAUUUUGCUGGUAUACCUCAAGAAAGCUUUUGUAAGGGUAAUCCUGUUGGUGUUUCAUUUCAUAAAAAACAUCAUAAAAACCACGAUUAUUGUAAAUAUGGUGAUCAUGAUUCAAAAUGUGGUUCGCCUGGAAAAAUGCCAAAUGAACCAGGAGGAGGAGGCGGUGGUGGAACGCCAAAUACUCCAGGAGGAGGUGGUGGUGGAACGCCAAAUACUCCAGGAGGAGGUGGUGGUGGUGGAACGCCAAAUACUCCAGGAGGAGGUGGUGGUGGUGGAACGCCAAAUACUCCAGGAGGAGGAGGCGGUGGUGGAACGCCAAAUACGCCCGGAGGUGGCGGAGGAGGAACUCCCGAAACACCAAUCGAUGAAAUUGAGGUGGUAUCAGAUAGUAUAGUAGUUUAUGCAAUAUCUAGAGACUAUAUUCUUAUUACAUAUUCUUGCAACGGUUCGAUUUGUGGUAAAAUUGUAAAUUGGGAAGGCGAAACAACUGAUGAAAUUCAAUUUAAGGAUGUAUGUACGGACAGUAGAAUCAUCAAGAGUAUGUAUGACGAUGGUGACAAUGGUGGAUUCUUAUAUGCAUGUUAUCAACAAGAAACAGAAUCGAUCACUUGGACAACCUAUACGGCACC